CUUAUGAUGCGAGAUAUAAAUAAAAUAUGUGGCAAUCGAAUUUGUUAGCAGUGCUCUACAAAAACGAUCCAGAUGAUAAAGACUCGUAGUCAUUGUAUGUAUCCUGGCUAUUACGAAGACACUAUACCACUAAAACUUCUGGCACCUAUACUUUCUUCCUCGUGUAUAUGAAAAAAGGAUGAAGACCUUGGAGAUUAUUGGGUGUUUACUGGCCAUUAUAGUGGUUGGUCACGCUUACAAUACCGACCGUGCUGUACAAUUCAGAAGAUACCUUGAUGAAUGCAGUGAAGAACUAGAGGAAACACUCACACUUCCGUUUCUCAGUGCCAAAAUGUUUGUUUGCGCCUUGCAGAAGGACGGCCAAGUAUUUCAGGUUUUUGACAAUGAAGGCGUGAUCAAAUUAGGUGCAAUGCAUAAAUUUAUGACAGACGUCAUCCUCUAUCCAAGCAAUGUAGAAUCUUCAUGGAUUGAAUUCAACACUUGUUACAAGAAAGCUGACUCUCUGGAGUAUCCUUACAACAUUCGACUAACGUACAUUUUUACGUGCAUCGAACCGAUUGUGUCUAACUUCAUGCUAAUUGAGGAUGGGUAAUUUCGCUUUAUACAAUAUACAAACUCUGUUUUCAUUCUUUAUUGGAUAUUCUGUAAAACUUUCUCUAAUACUGUUUCAACUAUUUAUAUAACUUUAUUAUCUAUAACAAAUUAGUGCCAU